UUUUGCUCCACCCAAAAGCCAUGACCAUUACCUUCUUCAUCAUUGUAUUUUCCGUUCUGAUCGCCGGAUUCUUGGCCGGAAAAUUGCUCGGAAAGAGAAUCCACUACCACCCAAUCGGCGGCACAAUAUUCAACCAGCUGAUGAACUUCAACAGGCUCCACCAUUACAUGACAGAUCUCGCCACGAAACACAAGACGUACAGACUCAUCGCCCCUUUUCGGAGCGAGGUUUACACCGCAGACCCCGCUAACAUAGAGUACAUUCUCAAAACAAACUUCGAAAAUUACGGCAAGGGAUGGCACAAUUACAGCAUUCUAAAGGACUUAUUAGGUGACGGGAUUUUCGUAGUCGAUGGCGAAAAAUGGAAAGAGCAAAGAAAAGUAUCGAGCCUCGAGUUUUCUACUAAAGCUCUAAGGGAUAUUAGCACCACAGUCUUCAUCGAAAACGCAGUAAAGCUAGCUGGCAUUGUAUCCGAAUCCUCGUUUUCCAAUCAACCGUUCGAUAUUCAAGAGCUUUUCAUGAAAUCUACUCUCGAUUCGAUAUUUAAAGUUGCGUUUGGGGUUGAUUUAGACAGCACGGGCGGUUCUUACGAAGAAGGGGAAAGAUUUAGCCGCGCUUUCGACGACGCAAGCGCGGUUAUUGCUUGGAGAUACGUCGAUGUUUUCUGGAAGAUAAAGAAAGCUCUGAAUAUCGGUUCGGAAGCGAAAUUGAAGGAGAAUAUUCGAGUGGUUGACGAGUUUGUGUACAAGCUAAUUCGUAACAAGACUAACUGUGUGGAUUUGAGGAGAAACGACAUUUUGUCGAGGUUUGUGAAGCUGUCGGAGGCGGAUCCAAAGUACUUGAGAGAUAUAAUCUUGAACUUUGUAAUGGCUGGUAAAGACACAACUGCAACUACUCUAUCUUGGUUCUUUUACAUGAUGUGCAAGCACGCUCGUGUUCAAGAAAAAGUGGCGCGCGAAAUUAAAGAAAUUAAUCGAGCAGAAAAUGUAUCGGAAUUCGCGGCUAAUUUGAGGGAAGAAGCUUUGGAAAAGAUGCAUUAUCUUCAUGCAGCACUCACAGAAACUCUCAGACUCUAUCCUCCAGUUCCUGUGGUAAGAAAAAACAUCUUUGUUUUUUUACGUACCGCUCCAUAA